GUCAUCAGGUGCUAGUCACUCAAGUGCUGAUCAGCAGAGUGUGUAUGUGAGUGUGUGUGUGUGUAGCUGAUGUUCCCAUGUGAUCCAUUAGUACCACCUCAGUUGACUUCCUGCGUUGGACAACAAUGAGGUCAUCUCUUCUUGUGACUAUUGUUGUUGCUGUUUUAGUGACACUGGCUGUCCUUGUCAUCACUUUAGUGGUGACGCUGAGUGAUCCAGAGCCGCCCUCAGGCCAUGCCUACUACAGGCAACACAUCAUCGACAACAUCAACACAAAUAACAUUAAUGCCAGCUUACGAUUCUUCACCCUCGAGCCACAUCCUGCCGGCUCCCCUGUUGAUGAGCACCUGGCCCAGUACAUCCACACCACCUGGGGCAUGCAUGGCCUCAAGACUCACCUGAUUAAGUAUGAGCUCUUCCUUGCCACUGCUAAUGCUGACAUGCCAAAUAAGGUGAUCUUGAAUGGUACAGAUGGAGAGGUCUUUGAGUCCUCACCAGUCCAGCCUGCCGUGGAUGUCCCGUCAGCCGGUCAGCAAGAGAUCUACUCCUUCAACAGCUUCUGUGGUGUGGGGGUUGCUCAGAGUUCAUCAGUCGUCUAUGCCAACUAUGGCAGGGACAAGGAUUUUCACUUCCUUAGCGAAAAUAACGUUACGGUCAACAACUCCAUUGUCUUCAUACGCUACGGCAAGCUCUUCAGGGGAGAUAAGGUGAGGUUUGCUGAGUCCAGAGGUGCAGCAGCUGUUGUUCUGUACACUGACCCUGCUGAUGCUGCACCACUGGGACCCCUGGACACCUAUCCCUCCACUGUGUUUGCCCCACCUGGUGCCACACAGCUGGGCUCCCUCAAGCUCCAGGGGGACCUCCUCACACCAGGCUACCCUGCUGUAGAAUCAGCCUUUCGUCUGCCGGAGUCAGAAGCAGACCUGUUCUCCAUCCCUGUCCAGCCGAUGGGUUACGGCGAUGCUUGGCACUUCCUCAGCCUUCUGGAGGGGAAGGAAGCUCCACCUACAUGGCAGGGCGACCUGAACCUCACCUACCACCUGGGGCCACAGCUGGCUGGUGGGGCACAGGUGACGGUGGUGGUGAAUGACCAGCACCACCGCAAGACUGUGUACAACGUGCUUGGCAUCAUUGAGGGCCAAGAGGAGCCAGACCGCUACGUUGUGGUGGGGAACCAUUAUGACGCGUGGACCUACGGAGGCGUGGACCCUUCAUCUGCCACGGCGGUUGUGAUGGAGCUGGUGCGGGUGUUUGGUGAGAUGCACUCCAGCGGGUGGCGGCCAAGGAGGACGCUGGUGUUCUGUAGCUGGGCGGCGGAAGAGUAUGGUGUGAUGGGAUCCACUGAGUUUGCCGAGCAGUUUUCCACAAUUCUGAAGGACCGUGGUGUGGUGUACCUCAACAUGGACAUGGUGAUGGAUGGCAACUACUCCUUUGGGGCCAUGGCAGUACCGAUGCUGCACGACGUCAUCUUUGAAAUGGCCAAGUUGGUGCCAAACCCUGACCCAGAUGAGGUGGCCGAGGGCAGGGACAGCCUCUAUGACACCUGGCUGCAUCGUUACCCUUCCCAGUCCUCAGGUGACUCUGCUCCUCUCCCCACUGUGGCUCCUCUUGGCACUGGCAGUGACUUCCGAGCCUUCUUGUUUAACUUAGGGAUUCCCAGCAUGGACCUUGUCUUCACCUCAGCGCCGGGGGAACCAGGUCUGCCUCUGUACCACACUGCAUACGAGACUUACUUCCUCACCACCAGCCUGAUGGACCAAGGCCUGCUGUACCACCAAGCCUUGGCCAGGAUGCUUGGUCUGCUGGCUCAUGAGUUCUCCACACAGCCCAUUCUCCCUUACAAUGUGGCCACGUACACCAACUUCAUCAGUGCCUCAUGGGGGGAACUCUGCCUCUCCCACGGACCUCAGCUUGCACACUUUAAUGUCAGCACAGAAGCACUGGAAGCUGCCCUGGAGGAGCUGGUGUCUGCAGGGAAGGCCUUCCAGGAGAGGCGCUCCUACUUCACUAAUGCUGAUGAGCUGACCGCCCGGCGUUACAACGAUGCCAUGCUGCUGCUGGACAAAGCUCUCUUGGCGCCCCUCGGACUGCCCGGCCGGCCUCUGCUCAACCACAUACUCCUGGCGCCAAGUUCCCUCAAUGGCUACAUAUGGGACACCUUCCCUGGGGUUCGUGACCUCCUGAGGGCCGGCCAGCAGGGUGACAGUGAGGACACCACUACCAGCCGCCUCCUGGCAGAACACGUGGCGGCCCUUACCCACCACCUCACUCUGGCGGCACGCACCCUCGCCCCCUCCCCAUGGUGAACAGAGAGAGAGAGAGAGAGAGAGAGAGAGAGAGAGAGAGUCUGGGUGUUUCUUGCGUCUGUAACUAUAGAAAAUAAAUAAAAAAAAA